GGUCUCCAUUUCGGCGCAGAGUUGCUUCCAUAAACGUUAGGGCAACGAAUACACAGCGACUUCCAGCUUCACUCCAUCGUUCUUCGAUCAUCUAAACAGUAGGAGCUAUCCAUUUGAACGAAAUUAUAUGGAGAUGGAACUUCUCCGAACGAAUCUGUCAAAGGUCCGUAUUCCGGAGCCUACCAAUCGCAUUUACAAGCAGGAAUGCUGUAUCAGUUUCGAUACUCCGAAAUCUGAAGGUGGAUUAUUUGUUGACAUGAACACGUUUCUUGCCUUUGGGAAGGAUUAUGUUGGCUGGAAUUUUGAGAAGACUGGUAACCCGGUUUAUUUGCAUAUAAAACAAACGAAGAAGCCGAUUCCUGAAGAUAGACCUUUGAAGAAACCUACUCUCUUGGCUAUAGGUAUCGAUGGAGGCUUUGAUAAUCAAGAACUCGAAUAUGAUGAAACUUACAACAUAGUAAUUUUACCAGAUUAUGUGACUUUUCCUUUUCCAUCAGUGGCACUGCCUGAGAAGGUAAGGUUGGCAGUUGAUGCAAUUUUAAUCGCGGAGGGUGCUGAGCGGAAGGAGCAAGUUGCGUCUUGGACAGCUGAUAAAAAGCAAACUAGUGAAUAUGCUUUGACCCUGAAACAAAUAGAUAAUGGUGUCAUCAUACCUCCAUCUGGGUGGAAGUGUGCGAAGUGUGAUAAGACUGACAAUCUUUGGUUGAAUUUAACCGAUGGAAUGAUCCUCUGUGGUCGCAAACUUUGGGAUGGGAGUGGUGGUAAUAACCAUGCUAUUGAUCAUUACAAUGAAACUCGCUAUCCUCUUGCUGUGAAGCUUGGGACAAUAACUUCUGAUCUAGAAGGAGCAGACGUUUUUUCUUAUCCGGAGGAUGAAAGUGUGACUGAUCCUCUUCUGGCGGAGCAUCUGGCCUUUUUUGGUAUUGAUUUUUCUUCCUUGCAAAAGACAGAAAUGACAACAGCUGAAAAAGAACUUGACCAGAAUACCAACUUUGACUGGAAUCGGAUUCAAGAAAGUGGACAGGAGGUUGAACCACUUGUUGGACCUGGGUAUACAGGACUUGUUAAUCUCGGUAACAGCUGCUAUUUGGCUGCAACCAUGCAAGUUGUCUUUUCAACUCAUUCAUUUUGUUCACGGUACUACAUGAACCAAAACUUGAAAACGGCUUUUGAUACUGCUCCUGCUGAUCCAACAGUAGACCUAAAUAUGCAAUUAACGAAACUUGCUAAUGGCUUGCUUUCUGGUAAAUAUUCAGUUCCAGCUGUACAGAAAGAUGAUGUAGCAAAUGCUGCGGAUUCAUCGCAAGAUGCUAAACAGGAAGGGGUUCGUCCCAGAAUGUUCAAGGCAGUAAUUGCAGCCAGUCAUCCUGAAUUUUCAACCAUGCGCCAGCAGGAUGCGCUAGAGUUUUUUCUACAUUUGAUCGACCAAGUUGAGCGAGUCAAUGCUGGUAAGCCUGAACUGGAUCCCGGAAGGAGUUUCAAGUUUGGCAUCGAAGAGCGUCUGCAAUGUCCCUCUGGGAAGGUUGCUUACAAUAAAAGGCAUGACUACAUUCUUUCCUUGAGUAUUCCCCUUGAGAAGGCUACUAACAAAAAGGAGUUGGAAGAGUUUCACAAAUUGAAGGCCCGGGAAGAGGCAGAGGGGAAGGAGAUGUCUUCUGAUGAAAUUGUACGCCCAAGGGUGCCAUUAAGUGAUUGCUUGAAUAUCUUUUCUGCUCCAGAGGAGGUGCCAGGUUUCUAUAGUACCGCAUUAAACGCCAAGACAACUGCAAUCAAAACUGCAGGCUUGACUUCAUUUCCUGAUUAUCUGGUGCUGCAUAUGAGGAAAUUUGUUAUGGAAGCUGGUUGGGUGCCAAAGAAGCUUGAUGUCUACAUAGACGUUGAUGACAUCAUAGACAUUAGUCACAUGCGAAGCAAAGGUCUUCAGCCAGGCGAAGAGUUGUUACCUGAAGGUGGCCCUGGCGGCCAGGAAGAGUCAGAGAAGCUUUUGCCUAAUGAAGAUAUUGUUUCCCAACUUGCAUCAAUGGGAUUUAAUCAUCUUCAUUGUCAAAAGGCUGCAAUCAACACCUCAAAUGCUGGGGUGGAAGAGGCAAUGAACUGGUUACUUUCCCAUAUGGACGAUCCAGACAUUGAUGCUCCCAUUCACAAAGAGGCUGAAAGCAAUGAGGUUGAUCCAUCAAAAGUGGCUACACUUGUGUCAUUUGGAUUUGAAGAAGAGAUAGCUCGGAAGGCGUUGAAGGCAUCGGGUGGCGACAUUGAGAAAGCGACGGAUUGGAUAUUUAACCCGACUGCGUCUGGUCCUUCGGAUAUGGAUGCCACAUCAAGCAGUGGACCUACUGUGGAUGCCACAUUGCCUGAUGGGGAUGGAAAAUACCGACUCUUUGGACUAGUGAGCCACAUUGGUACCUCGACCCAGUGUGGGCACUACGUUGCUCACGUGUACAAAGAAGGAAGAUGGGUGAUCUUUAACGACGAUAAAGUGGGUAUUUCUAAAAAUCCUCCAAAAGACAUGGCAUACCUUUACUUCUAUGAGAGGAUUCGGAAUUGAAAGACGGCCAUUUACGGGUAGAAUGUCGAACGGAUUCUGCAACCGUUUGGAUUGGCUGUGAUAAUUUUCUUUUCCUGGUGAGGUCUUGAGUUUGUAUUUGGAAGAUGGAAAAGGGUUAGAGUUAGAUGAUGAUGAUGAGAUAUUGGGUUUACAUUUUUGACUUCUCUCCCACCCUUUUGUGGGAUCAUAUACAUUGGUGCUCAAAUAACUAAUUGCUUAUAAUUUCAAACUCAUUGCUUUUCUC